GCUGCAGCACCUCCGUGCCGGCCCCUCGGACUCUAGGACCUCCGCUGCCCGACCGCCGCAGCCGUCCUCAUAGCCACCCGCGCUAGCCGAAUCUGCAUUCCGCCAGGACUUGAACAAGCCCUCGUGUGCCAUCAUCUCUGCCCGCAUCCACAGCAUGAUGCAAGUACAAGCCGUGUCACAUCCGCCGACGCUCGCGCCGGCUGGGAAGAAGCCGACGAUGGACGAAGUCAUGGACGAGCUCCAAAGCCGCUUCCUCAUGAACCUCCCCGAGUCGGAGCUCUCGUCGAGCGAGCGGCUCUUCUUCCAGAUCGAGCAGUGCUACUGGUUUUACGAAGACUUUUACGCCGACCACCACGCGCAUUUAACGCAUCUCAAGCUCAACGACUUUGCGCGCAAGAUGUUCAACCACUGCAUCCUCCUCCAGCCGCUCAAGGCCCAAUGCGAAAGCAUGUUUCAGGACUUUAAGGCGUACCAGAGCCAGAUCCCGGUCGUCGGCGGUAUCCUCCUCAACCCAACCAAGACCAAGCUGAUCCUUGUCCGCAACUGGAAGGGCACGUCGUGGAGCUUGCCGCGCGGCAAGGUCAACCAAGGCGAGUCGGACGUCGAGUGCGCCAAGCGCGAAGUCUUUGAAGAGUGCGGGUACGCGCCGCCCGCGAUCGCGGUCACACCCAAGGAUUACAUUGAGUUUACGAUGAACCAGCAGCGCAUGCGCAUGUACAUCAUCACGUCCGUGCCCGAAGACUUUGCCUUUGCGCCCCAGACGCGCAAGGAGAUCAGCUUGAUCCAGUGGUUUGAGUUUGACGACCUUCCGAAGAAGACGUGGGGCGUGCUCCCGUUCAUGUCGCGCCUUCGCCGCUGGAUCGCGUCUCGAAAAAACGACAAGAAGGCCAAGAAGGCCAAUGGCCGCAACAAUACGCCGGCAAAAGGGCGGUCGGUCUCGGCGCCGCGCAACCGCCCGGCCAAGGACAAUGACGUCGACGCGCCGGCGUCCCCGCCACGCCCGUCGCCGCCCGUGCAAAUUCUGCAGCGCCCGCAUCCCGCCCACGUCGUCGCCGCCGCCGACAACCGGUCGUACUCGACGCCGCAGUCGCGGCCCCGAAAGGCCAACCGCGGCCACUUUGGCACCGAGAAGCAAAUCCCGACGGCCAGCGACGACGUCAACGACGAGACGUUUGGCGCGCGCGACGCAAGCUUUAGCUUCAACGUCGACGAGAUGUUUAGCGUCAACGAGCAGCUCACGGGCGUCAAGUUUACGUACAAUGGCAACCCGCACGACUUUGGCAAGGUCACGACCAAGUACGCGCACAACGCCGGGUUCCAGCCGCCGCUGCCGCCGCCGUUGCCGCCCGGGCCGUCGCCGCCGUUGCCCCAAGGUCCGCCGCCGCCGCUCCCGGCCGCCGCACCGACAACGACCAGCGCGCCGGCCAAGCCAAAGUCGCCGCAGCUCUUUGCGCCGUUUACCUUUGACGCAAGCGACAUCAUGGCGGUCGUGUGAGCAAAUCUGCAUGUGUUGUGUGUGUAUUGUGUAUUGUAUUUUGUGAGCUUUCCAC